UGGAGGACUGUUAUCCAUACCCCGUUUUCAUCGAGUGUUCAGACGUUCUCUCAGAACAAAAUAAGAAGAAAGUAGAAAAUUAUUUUCAGAUUAAACGCAAGUCAGGCGGAGGAGCGUGUGGACCAGUAACAAUUGCAGCCGAUGAGACCUACAGUAUCGCUUUCAAACUUCAAAGAGACCAGCAGGAAGUCCUAAUGAGAUGUGAGCACACAGUGGAGCUGCCCUCAGGUCCUCUGGUCUUAAUUGUCACAGAGAAACCUCUAUCUUCUGACUCUUCCAGCACCAGUGUCUCCACAGCUCCAGAAGAGAGGGCUGUGUCAAACGAAAACGACUGGGACUGCAUCAACACUGGUAACAGAUGUCUUCCUGAUGAGUCUGAUUUGAGAAGAGUUGUGAUUCUUGGGAAAACUGGAUCUGGGAAAAGCAGUCUUGGAAACACCAUAUUUGGAGAAAACAAGUUCACUGUCUGCCCUGGUGCUAACUCUGGUCAAAGUCCAUGUCAGGCACAAACUGAUUCACUCAAUGGGAGACAAAUUACUCUGAUUGACACACCAGGCUUCUUUGAUACAAAGAUGCCUGAAGAAAAACUGAAGGACGAAAUAUGGAGAUUUAUCACAGAGUAUUCGCCUGGGCUGCAUGCCUUCCUCAUUGUACUUGAACUAGGACGUUUCACAGACCAGGAAAAAGAAAUUAUUCAAAAAAUUACUGAAAGCUUCUCUGAGCAAGUGUUUCCAUAUGCAACAGUAGUUUUUACUAAUGGUGAGAAUCUCCCUAAAGGGCAGAAUAUCAAAGAAUAUAUUAGCCAAAACGAAUCUUUGAUGGAAAUAGUAGCAAAAUGUGGUGGUCGGUGCCAUGUUGUAGAUAAUGAACACUGGAACAAUCAUUCUGUUGAGACCUAUAGGAACAACGCCUUCCAGGUGAAGGAGAUGCUCAAAUCAAUUGAAGAGACGGUGGAAAAAAACAAAGGGAACUGCUAUACCAAUGAGCUUCUGCAAACAGUGCAGAAAAUGACACAACGUGUAGCACUUGCAAUUGUUCAACAAGAACAGCAAGCUGUUCAUGAACCGGUUGUUCAUGAAGAACAGCAAAACGAUGGAAAGUACUACACCAAUGGUUUGCUGCAAGGAGAGGAGGAAAUGACACAACAGUUUCUACAUGAAGAAGAACAAAUUCCUUAUGAAGAACUGGAAGUUGAUGAAGAAUUGCCAGUUCUUCGAGAACAAGAACAACAAGUUGCAAAAGAAGGAAUCAUGAAGAGAGCUAUAAGAAGAGUUCGUGAGAUUUUAAAGACAAUAAAAGACAUUACAAUAAAUCUUCUAUUGAAAGCCUUUCUUGGUACACAAGAAGCUAUUAAGACUAUUCUUGCAUAUAUAACAGCUGCCUACAAGGCACUGGACCUGUAGGUUAAGCAGAAGAUGGAACAAUUGUUGGAGCUGCUGGUUUCACAGUAGCAGCAGCAGCAGUGGCAGGUUUAAGACCUUCUUCCACUUAACUAUAAUCUGGCCUUAAGCUUUGGGAAAAUAAUGUAACUGUGAGAUAAGAUUUAUUGCGAAUUAUAAGAUGUUUUUCAGACAGCUGAUUUACUAAUAAACUUGGAAGAGUGCCCUAAUUUGAAAAAAGUCAGAGUACAAAGGUUAUUUUUGACAUUUCAUUAGUUUUUUGUGGUUUAUAUUAUUUUAGUUGACUCAUAUCACUAAGAAAAAUAUGUAUUUAUAAAAUGUUGCUUUGUAAUCAGGAAGGGGUUUAGUUCCUUUCUGUUUUUUAUGAUGUUACUUGUUGUGACAUCAGACACCAAACUAAAACCAAAAAGCAUCAAACUGAGGGCCGCUGUCCCAAUCAGUGGAUCCUGAGAAAUAGGAGGAUGUUACUUUAUUUGUUUUCGUAACUUCAGGCCUCUGUUGCUCCAAAGUCACCAUAAAACUUGUUUUAGUGACUUUCUGUUGAGAUUUAAAAUCUUUUUUUUUUUCCAUACCUUGAUGACUACGAAUCCUAGUUGGAGCAAUAAGAUUCCUUUUUGUGUGCAGAGAGUCAAAGCUUUUCAUCUUCCUCUGUGAUCAAGACUAGGAGAAGCCGUAUUGUAUUUUCUUUAAAGCAACAGCGCCCCCUUCUGGAUAUUUUAUUUUUGUGCUGGAAAGCUUUGUUCCCACCUCUAGCUCAGGAUCUAGCUGAAAUAUGAGAUGCUUUAAAAAAUUUGAUUUUAAACCAAAUUAUGAAUAUUUUUAUUCCAUGUUUCAGGGUGGAAACAUCUAAAUACCUCAAUCUGAUAGAACUCCCUGUGAAUCACAAAUGGUAGCCAUUGCUUAAACCUGAAUCUCGAAUGGUUUAACAACAGAACUUAUCUGUCAUUGCAAAAGGUUCAAUAUAAAUUUAAUAUUUUAUAUUUAAUACUAAAUACUUCAAAUAUGUAUCAAGUAUAUCUGCCAUAUUAAGGUUCAAUAAUGUAAGAUCUGCAUUUAGACUUAUUACAUUUUAGCAAUUUCAUUUUGGUUCAAUAUUUGGUUCUUCAUAAAUAAUUAGUUUUGAUGUGUUUAGAAUGAAAAUGGUAAUAUCUUGCUCAUACUGAAUAUUUAGGUAUGUGAUUUAUGUACUUGUUCAUCUUGAAAUCAUUUUUUUCACUCGGAUCUAUUAAAUCAAAUGUAAUAUUCAUUGCAAUAACUUUACAUCCAGCUCCAGAUUCUAUCUGUCCUGGUAAAGAUAAAGGGGUUGAUCUGUGGCAUUUAUUCAUAAUUUUCUGUUAUGCAUUGACAGAACCAAUAUUAUAAAUAUAACAUAUAUAUCCUGUGUGAUUUCUUUUGUGUAUAUCUCAGUGGUUAGCAGUGAAAAAUUCUUAUUUGAAUUUUGCAUUUGAAAAUAUCUGAGAAGUCAUUCCAGGACUUGUUGGAUAAAAGUUCAGGACGGACAAGAAGUAUGCCAGCCUGUCAACGACAGUAGAAACAGUCCAGGUAUAAUUAAUGUUUUUACUCAUGAUAUCAAACAGUUAUGACUGCUGUGAAAGUCCAAAUUCGCUUAAUCCUGAAUUGAAUUGUUUUUGAGAGUUAUAUCUGUGCCACACCUUACAUGUUUGUUCAUUUUCUUUUAUUUAUCUUUCUUUCUGUAUUCCUGGAAAGAUGGAACAAAUGCAAUAAAUGUCAAGUAUCAAAAACCUCUGGAGCUGCAUUGUUUGAGAUCAUUUAAACUGAGCAGGAUGACGACUUGAGGCAUCCAACCCAAGAAUAAAGAGUUUUACCCUUACAGGCUGUUGCUAGAGAGUCUCUACGUUCUGCUUUGAUUUCGACAAGGACUGGACACGCAGGGGAAAUGUUAGAUGUGAAGUAAAAAUGUCUACAACAAAUUUUAAGAAAAUAUCUCUAAGAAAAAGUCUAAAGUCCCAACAAAUCUAAAAUUGUCAGAAUUUUACAUAGCUUAAGUUUAGUGUGCUUUUGGCAAGAAAUGUGCUCAGAACCAACUAACUUUAUAGAAUCCUGAAGAUUUUUCCCAGCGGCUCAAGACAAAACAACCUGCUAUCAUCAUUAUAACGCAACUGGAUGGUGUUGAGACGUUUGCUCCAGACACGCACCAUACAUGCACGCACACACAUCUACGGACACAAAGAUUCUGCACAAAAGCCUUUUGUUUCAUACGGACACUUUCUGUAGAAACGAAACUUAACUUUAGCUCAUCGUCUGACCACUAGGCAGUGACGUAACACACCAGCAGACCAGGAGGUGGACUUCAGGAUAUAAGCAAGGUGUCUUCCGUGUUUGAGCAGAUGCUGUAUAGAUUCGGGCCUUUACACUUGACAUCCACAUAAGCCUGUAAGGGUAAGCGUCUCUUUCUUUUUAGCGCUAAAAAGAAUAAAAUAAGUAAACUCUGAUUGUUCUGUGUUGGCUGAUUUCCUGUUCGUGUGCUCACACG